AUGUGCUACAGUCGACUAAACCUGAUCCGACAAGAUAAAAACCUCCCAUCAAACGUUCACUGGCGUACGACUGUGGGUCAACAGCCCAAAAACGAAUUGGCUGCCACUUUACACGCCGAAGUUUGGCUCAUCUCCGGACCAUUGGACAAGGCAGCAUACGAAAAGGCCCACCGUGGCGUAAGCAGAAACAUUUGGAGGGAAAACCCGACUGCUCCAAAGGGCUUUACUGACGUGCCCGUGGUCUGUAAUGACCUUAAAGUUGUCAAGGCCCGUCUAACCACUGUUUGA